UGAAUUAAUUAAAGCUUUACUAAAAUUGUAAUGUCAUGGUAAAGGCGGGAGUCGACGCAUGCGCAGGAGCCAGUUGUCAAGACUCAUCGACUGGUCCUUAUCAACAACAAGAGAGGGUCCACUGACAGCUGUUCUAACACUUGAGUACAGAAGUGUGUGGAGUAAAUCAUCACGACCAAUAUGUCUGCCUCCACACCACCGCCAGUAGUGCAAGAGGAUGAUCUCAACAGAUUGCGGUAUGAACUGGCUGUAACUAAGGCCGGACGAGAUGCACUAGCUAGUGUGUUCGCUUGGUUGUACCAGGGAGGUCACCCAGUAAAGACUCACCUCACUCAGAUCCCCGAGUAUACUGACACUGAGUACAAGCUGACCUUCGACGCUCAUCACCGAGAUAAGCUCGAAAAAUCCACAGAUGUCACUGCCUUUGAUAUCACGUUAAUAUAUAAACUUCUGCAACGCGUGUGUGGUCUGGCCAAGACUAAUGCGGCAACGUGGACCACUCCGGGGCCAACGCUCGAACACUUCAUCUACAAAGUGAAGCAACACUAUAACACGAUGGCCCUUGAACACGUGAAGAUGACGGAGGAGGACCUGAUGACAACGCUUACAGAGUUUAAGUACUUACUGAGGGACAUGUUGGCUGAAGCCGGCGUCAGGUGCGGUAAAGACAGCCAGGAAGUGGACCAUGUGAUUAAGGAUGUUAUUAAGUAUAUUGAUGGACUCCGAGGAAAUGUCAGAGAGCCACUGGAUCCCUCAGAUAUGACACACUUGGAUCAGCUCCAUCAGGAGAUUGAAGACUACAAAACCCAAAUAACAAAAGAGAUUAAGGAGAUGAGUAAACAAGAGGUAACUGACGGGUAUAAAAAGCUGUACCAGAUCGUUCCCGCUUCCUGGCUUCCCCUCAACAUUAAAUACAGUCCAGGUCUUACUUUCACAAGUCUGCAACUUGUUCAAGAUCCCACAAAAGGUGCAAGACCCUCCCACACGUCCAAGGACAUUAAACAUGAAGACCUCUUAAGUUCCGAAGGAGAGUACGAAAAAGCCCCUCAGUGUAUCCUCCUAACAGGAGAAGAUGAUAUGAGCAAGACAACUUUACUCAAGCUCAUCCUCGAGAAGUGGGUAGAGGACCCUGCUGCCAUACGUCACCUGGGCACUGUGGACCUCGUUUUCUAUGUACAGUGCAGGGAUACACAUCUUAAUACCUUCGAUGAUCUCCUCAAGAUCUUGUUAUCUCUAACAUUUCAAAAAUCAGAAAUUGAUUUCAAGAUAUUUAAGAACAUAAUCUUAAACUUACACAUAUUAGUCUUGAUUGACGGCUGUGACGAGAUGAACGUUCAUUCAGAGAAGCUAGUGAAGGAGCUGUUUGGCCUGCCUGGCAAGGAUGUGAGAUUGGUGGUAACUACACGAUCAGGAUGGGAAAAAGAAUUCUCAGAGCUCGUUCCAACUAACAAAACACGGUGCAACAUCAAGGUCUUGGGUAUCAGUACAGAACUUCACUCUGAGUACGCCAACAGAAUCAUCAAUGUGUUGGUGGUUGAGGAGAACCAACAAAGAGCCAUCAGUGAAAGGUUUAUACAGCGGUUGGAGCAACUGGGAGACCUCCGGGGUGAGUACCUCAAUAAUCCACCAACCUUGACAUUGUUGGCGCUGCUGUGCGUCGAGGCUCCAGAAGAAUUCAACAAACUCACCACAGUCACCGAAGUCUACGAGGCGAUUCACCAGUUUAUAACCAACAAGUUAAUAUCCAGACUCGAAGUCCAACAUGUGACCAACUCCAAAGAAAAAUGUGACAAGUUUUUGUUUUUCUUUGAAGAGGUCAGUUUAAAGGCUAUCAACAGAAAAGAAUUUGAUCUUUUGCAGGCAACAGUAGAUGAGAUUAGGAUCAAGUGUGACUCUCUUGAGCUACCACAGGAGGAAGUCUUGUCCACCUAUUUUACAAGAACCAGUUCAUGUCGAGGUACUGAGAUAGUCUUGAUGUUUGGCUAUUUUCACUCCAGGUACCAGGAACACUGUGCUAGCAAGGCCCUGGUUACACAAUUACUGACGGCAGAGGAAGGUGGUGAGGAGCGAGCACCAUAUAGCGUGUCAGAGGAAGACUUGAGCGCCAGCCUUGUGCGGGAUGUACUGCUGCAAGGAGAAGAAAACAUGCAAGUUGAGGUACUUAAUGAAAACCGUUGCCAGAACAUCUUACUCAGUACCACCGGUGUGUUGUGUACUCGUAACCCGACACACAGGUUUUCCUCUCGCGUAACUGAGCAGGUCAUUAGUCUUGUGAACUUCCAAAGGGACGUCAAUGGGCUGUUGAGACAUAUAUUUGAGUCCCUCAGGAAUGAAGACGUCAUUAAAGCAGUGUUGGAGAGAUUACCUGAACAAGAGCACUGGGAGGUAUAUGGUGUUGAGUCUUAUGCUGUCCUGCCACUUGUGCUUGAGGAGGUAAUCCCUGAUAGCAUCUUACUGGGCAUCUCGGGUAGAGAACAACCAAGCCAGCUCCAGCUUGUUAUGUCACUAUUGGCAAACAUGGAUAUAACGGUAUCUGUUGAUGAAUCUAUCGACUAUUAUGACAGAACUGACGGUCUCUCAGACAUGUGUUUGGAGAUCCUGACAGCUCCUGGCAGUAAGUGUAGCCUAGACAAGUUUGAGGGUCACUUGUCUGAGGGAGCCAUACCCCGCCUGCCUGACACUCUCACACAACUGACACUCACACUCUCACUACCCCAGCUGCGCGCCCUCAUCACACACUUGCCCCACCUCUAUCUCUUGGAGGACCUCGGUAUUAUUCUGGAAGCUCCGAGGAACAUGGAUGUGGCCACCCUGUCUUCUCUCCCAUACGAAGGCGAUCUGCUUCAUCUGACCAUCCACUGUGACCUCACAGAUGAUGACCCUGACCUCGAACGAUGCUGUGACAUUAUAAGUCAACUUUGUCCUCAAUCCAGAGAUGGGCACUAUAAUGACCUGACGUUCAUCGGCACUCAUCUUACUAGCGAAGGUAUUGAGGAGCUGAUAUUGGAACUUCUCGAGAGGAGAGUCACCGCUGGCGACAACUUCAACAUGUACUGUGAAGCAGGUAGCACCCAGGAGCUGGCCACCAGGCAUGGUCUCUCCCAGCUCUAUAUCUACUAGGACGUGGAAAGUGGCCACCUCGCAUGGCCUCUCCGACCUCUAUAUCUUCUAGGAUGUGGAAAGUGGCCACCUCGCAUGUCCUCUCCGAGCUCUAUAUCUUCUAGGACGUGGAAAGCAUGUAAGUAAUUAUCACAAGAAGGCACCAUGCCGGGAAGACUAUGAAGUCAUAAGAAGAUCAAACAACCCGUUUCUGUUAGCAUAUAUACGAAGUGGAAUGUUUUAAUCUUUGUUCACAGAUUUAUCAAUUGAUUAUUAUUAUACAUAGUGUUGUGUAGUUGUCCUUUUCUAUCGGUGAUGCUGUGUAUUGUGAUUAGUAUAAUGAACAAAAAAGUAAUAUUUAAUAUUUUUUGAAUAAUAUACAUUAACUUUCCUUUACAAUAAUAUUCAUAUAUGAAGCAUGGCUGAGGCCUCUGGGCUCAUGCCUCUGGGAUGAUGCCUCCGGGGUUAUGCCUCCGGGGUUAUGCCUCUGGGCUGAUGCCUCCAGGCUGAGGCCUCCAGGCUGAUGCCUCCGGACUGAUGCCUCCGGGCUGAUGCCUCCGGGCUGAUGCCUCCGGGCUGAUGUCUCUGGGCUGAUGCCUCCAGGCUGAGACCUCCGGGAUGAUGCCUCCAGGCUGAUGCCUCUGGGCUGAGACCUACGGGCUGAGGCCUCCAGGCUGAGACCUUGGGGCUGAGGCCUCCGGGAUGAUGCCUCCGGGCUGAGGCGUCCAGGCUGAUGUCUCUGGGAUGAUGCCUCCGGGCUGAUGCCUCCGGGCUCAGGCCUCCGGGUUGAGGCCUCCGGGCUGAGACCUUCGGGCUGAUGCCUCUGGGUUGAGGCCUCUGGGCUGAUGCAUCCGGGCUGAUGUCUCUGGGCUGAUGCCUCUGGGCUGAUGCUUCCGGGCUGAUGCCUCUGGGCUGAGGCCUCCCAGCAAGCACAAAACGUAUUGGAAACGUUCAACAAAGUUUCAUCAGGUUGUUGGUAAAAAUAUGUGUCAUGUGUGGUUCAACAGACACAUAUGAGCAACCUUUAACCAAAGAAUGGUAAAAGUAUUUCUUUAUUUAAUAUAACUAGUUCUGCCUUUUUUUUUACACUAGUUUCCCUUUUAUUUAUUAAAAAAAUAUUUUGUUCAUGUUUAAAUAUUAAUUUUAUGUACAUUUUACAUAUACAAUGUGAAUGAUGUGUCUUAGUUUUAUGAUAGGUGUGCGAAACAUUUACUUUUAUUUUUUUUAUUAUGAUUUUUUCUUAAAAUUGUUUUCAUAAUCCUGUUGCUAAAUGCUGUAUUUAAUAAUACUGGUUUUAGGUUUAAAUUAUAUUUAUGUAUAAUAAAAACAGAGUAUAUAUUUA